AUGGUUUUUACAAUGAUACCUCUGAUAGCAACAGCAAUAACAACAACAACUAUACUACCACCUGUAUUGUCAACAAAUACAGUUACAACAACCACCUUAUUGAUGUCUUUAAUAAAUAUGACAAAUAUUAGUUCCUCCUCCUCCUCUUCGCUAAAACAAUCACAAUCAACACAAUCACAAAUGCACCAACCUCAUCAUCAACAACACCAUCACCAACAACAGCAGCAACCGCACCAGCAACAUCAUCAUAUACACAUUGAUCAAGAUGCCAAUACGAAAUAUUUAAAUUUUGUUGCCAAUGGCCUGCUGGACACAAGCGGUGUCGUAGGCGGAGAAGGAGUUGUUGGUAAUGGAGGCGGCGAGCUUAGCGAUGAUGCAUUUAGUAUAAGUGGUUUUGGUAGUAUGGGUGCAAGUGGUGUUGGUAUAGGAGGAGGUGUAGUUGGAGUUGGCAGUGGUGAAAGUAUAACAAGUGUGGCGGAUGCUAGCGUUAGUAGUGGUAUAGAUGGUAGCGGUGGUGGCAGCAUUUCAGUUCCUAUUGAUGCCCUAAACGAGUCACAUUUAAUAUUUGUCAUUGUCAAAUGUUUCAUAAUAAUUUUCAUCAUUCUCGCUGCCAUACUCGGUAAUAUGCUGGUGAUUGUAUCCGUCAUGCGACACAGGAAAUUGCGCAUUAUCACCAAUUAUUUUGUGGUUUCACUAGCAGUAGCGGAUAUGUUGGUUGCUCUAUGUGCCAUGACCUUUAAUGCUUCCGUUGAAAUAUCCGGUAAAUGGAUGUUUGGUUCAGUAAUGUGUGAUAUAUGGAAUAGUUUUGAUGUAUAUUUUUCAACAGCCAGUAUUAUGCAUUUAUGUUGUAUCUCAGUGGAUAGAUAUUAUGCCAUAGUCCAGCCUUUGGAUUAUCCUUUAAUUAUGACACACAAGCGUGUAUUUAUCAUGCUGGUAAUUGUUUGGCUGGCACCUGCUCUUCUAUCAUUUUUACCCAUAUGUUCCGGUUGGUAUACGACCAGUGAUAAUUGGCGUUACUUAAAAUCAAAUCCGCAUAUCUGUGAAUUUAAAGUCAAUAAACCAUAUGCCAUUGUUAGUUCAUCUGUAAGUUUCUGGAUACCUGGUAUUGUCAUGCUCUCAAUGUACUAUCGCAUUUAUCAAGAGGCCGACAGACAGGAACGUCUUGUUUACCGGUCGAAAGUCGCUGCUAUAUUACUGGAGAAACAUCUGCAGAUAAGUCAAAUACCUAAACCUCGCCCCAGCAUACAGGUGGAGCAGUCAACUAUAUCGACAAUGCGUCGAGAACGUAAAGCAGCAAGAACUCUGGGCAUUAUAAUGAGUGCCUUUUUGCUGUGCUGGCUGCCCUUUUUUCUCUGGUAUGUGUGUGUUACCUAAAUCAUUAUUGUAUUUAUGAUAAUUUUUAGUAUAUAUUAUUGUUCGUGUGUGUGAUAAUGGUCUUCUAUAAUUCACUUGUUUACAUUACAUUUACAGUCCUGUUGUCCCUACAAACUUAUAAACUGUCGUGUAAGUGCUGGCGGCGAAAUGCCACCAUUUGUUAAUUCCACCGCUUCAUCAGAAAUACACAUGAAUAUAAUACGUGCCCGCCAAUACGCCACCUCAUCAUCUUCAAAUCAAUUGCAAACACUAUAUCAAAACUAAGUGAAAUUCAGAAACUAAAACAAAAAGUUAUAAAUAUAAGGAAACCGAAGGACAGUUUCUAUACACAACUGAUGAAUGUUAGAUGGAAUAAGAAGGUAAAACAUAAACUUUUCUCUCAAUUUGGUAUUCAGGUGUUUUUCUAUUAUAUUCUAAGUAAAUAUUAUUAAAAAAAAAAACAAUUGUUCAAUAACAUGUUUAUCUAAUAUUAAUAAUACACAUCAAAUAUCAUCAUUAUUAACUCUACAGUUUCUGUCAAAAUUAUAUUUUUAAAAUAUUUAAUAAAAUAAAAUAGA